AUGGGUCACGGGAUGUGGGCUUCUUGUUUCCUUGUAAUCGCUCUCGCUAUCUUGAAUAUUGGCGCCGUUGCGAUCGAUCAGACUCAGCAGACCGAGCGAAUUUCAGGUAUCCUUUGUGGCAUUUCCGUUGGUCACUUGAGUCAUCUAUCGUUCCCUCAGAUCUGCUCAGGCCGAAUCCCGACAUGUGGGAAUUAUGAACCUUUUAUAGGAAAUUUGUCGCCAAACAUCUCUAUCUUUCUCUCUCACACACGCUUUUUUGCAUUGCUCCGAGAAUAGGAAAUCCUGGAUCUGUCUCUGCGUGGCACGAUAAAUUAAUGUGAUACAUUUAAUCACGUAGAGGAAAGCUUCCCACGAAGAACCCUAGAAAAUUUCCGCUGUGGAGGAAAAAAAAAAAGUGAAGCACCUACUCGGCAUCAAAUUCUGAUUCAGUUCCAGAAAUUUCAUGAAAUCUAGAGCUAAUGGACCGGCUUUUCUUCUGGAUCAGAUCUCCGCUUACUAGCCAAUAUUCUAGCCUCUGUCUUAUUCUUCUUAUGGCUUGGGUCAUUGAAUUCCUACUAGCUGCGCCGGUUCACCACUUGUGCCCAGGAGUUGGAAAUAUUUUACUCAACUGAGUUGAAAAAUCUGCUUGGAACAGCGGUUUUAUGAACUUGGAUGAAAUAAAACCCGCUAAACCGUGGUAAGUAUCCUUCAAAAUUUUUCCGGAGAGAUUGAGUUCAAGUCUCUGGGCUCUAACACCCAUCCACAUAGGUUUAUGGGAUCAUAAUCUCUGAACUGUUCUUGGAUAAUAAGUACCCAUUUCAUCCAGUUCAGACUUCUCGUUUGUAUCAUCUUCUAGAUGGGAUUGAGAUCCCAUGUUCUUACCUGAAACUGAAAUCCCCCAUAUUCUCCAUUAAACAAACCACCUUCUUUAUGUAUACUAAUUUUUAAAUGAUUAAUUUCUGCAACUUCUGUCCUUCUUAUGAUUAAUUUCUGUUUAAUCUUCACAUCCGGUAGUUUUCCCCUGGUUCCCGCGAGUUCAUUGGCGAAAACCCCACCUGGGUCUUGGGUGUGACGAUUGUUCUCACUGCAGGGAGUGCUGGUGACGUGUUGGAGGAUGAUCCCAUUGGAAGGCUGAAGGUCUUUGUAUACGAGCUGCCCAGUAAAUACAACAAGAAAAUCUUGCAGAAGGACUCCAGGUGCCUUACUCACAUGUUUGCGGCAGAGAUCUUCAUGCACCGGUUCCUCCUGUCCAGCCCCGUUCGGACUCUCAACCCUGAGGAGGCUGACUGGUUCUACACCCCGGUCUACUCCACCUGUGACCUGACCCCCAAUGGGCUCCCUCUGCCCUUCAAGUCCCCGAGGAUGAUAAGAAGUGCCAUCCAGCUCAUCUCCUCCAGAUGGCCCUACUGGAACAGGACUGAAGGUGCCGACCACUUCUUCGUCGUGCCACAUGACUUUGCCGCCUGCUUCCAUUACCAGGUAAAAAGCCCAUUUCUCAUAAUUACCAUCCCUUGUAAAAUGAGAUGACUGAUCUCGGCAAGUGGGUUUCUCCCGUGUGAACCCGCUGUUAUUGUUCAUUCAAUUUAGAUAACUGGUUUUGGUUGUUGGAAAUUUCGUUUAUUAGGUAAAAAUCCAUUUAAUGUAGCUAUUAUGCUGCAUAAAAUGAGAUAACUAAUUCUUCCCCGCUUCACUUAUUUCGGGCAUCAAUAAAUGGGUUUUGUCUGGUUUAUUAUACCUGUUGCCCCACUUUUCAUGAGAGACCUGAUUUUGGUCGUUGGGAAAUUCUCUUUUCAUAAUUAUCAUCCUGCAUUGGAUUGGUUAGCAGAUUUUGGCCUAGUAUACUCGUUUUGGGCAUUGGGGAAUUGGGUUUAUCAGGUAAAAAUCCUUUUUUUUUAGAAUUAUCAUCCCACAUUUAAUAAGAUCGUCUUCUAAUUUUUGUCCCAGUUUUCUCAUUAGCAAAGAGUUUCGAGCCAUGUUCCAUGUUUCUCGUCUCCUUUGAUCACGGUCAAAUCAUCAGUUCCUGGGUUUUAAUUCGUGCAUAUUAAUUUCAUUAUCGUAAUUAACUGAUUUUGUGCUGGACGCAGUCUCAUUGAAGAACAGCUGCGUGCAUGGAAAUAGAACUGCUUAGCAUCUCAUGAUCUUGAUUGAUGGCUAUCUAAUCUAUAUCUGACAUUUCCCACCAUAGGAAGAGAAGGCGAUCGAGCGAGGAAUCCUCCCCUUGCUCCAGCGGGCCACCCUGGUGCAGACUUUCGGGCAGCGGAACCAUGUCUGCCUGAAGGAAGGCUCCAUAAUCAUCCCACCCUAUGCGCCGCCCCAGAAGAUGCAGGCCCAUCUGAUCCCCCCUGACACUCCCCGCUCGAUCUUCGUCUACUUCCGCGGCCUGUUCUACGACGUCGGGAACGAUCCUGAGGGCGGAUACUACGCCAGGCAAGCCCACAACCAUGGGGCGGAUGCCGUGCCGGGGGGCUGUCCCUGGUUUUCCCCUUGUUCUAACUGUGGGUUCUCUGCAGGGGGGCGAGGGCGUCGGUGUGGGAGAACUUCAAGGACAACCCGCUCUUCGACAUAUCCACGGAGCACCCGACGACCUACUACGAGGACAUGCAGCGGGCCGUCUUCUGCCUGUGCCCGCUCGGGUGGGCGCCGUGGAGCCCUCGGCUGGUCGAGGGGGUGGUCUUCGGCUGCAUCCCGGUCAUCAUCGCCGACGACAUUGUGCUGCCCUUCGCCGACGCCAUCCCGUGGGACGAGAUUGGCGUCUUCGUGGCGGAGGAGGACGUGCCGCGGCUCGACACCAUCCUCACGUCGAUCCCGCAGGAGGUCGUGCUGAGGAAGCAGAGGUUGCUGGCCAACCCCUCCAUGAAGCAGGCCAUGCUCUUCCCCCAGCCGGGCCAGCCCGGGGACGCCUUUCACCAGAUCCUCAACGGGCUCGCCAGGAAGCUGCCACACGAUAGCAGCACCUAUCUGCGCCCUGGUGAGCGGGUCCUGGACUGGAACGCUGGCCCCGUUGGCGAUCUGAAGCCCUGGUAG